AUGAAGUCUGCUUUCUUCUUGGCCACGGGCGCCAUUCUGGCUGCCGCCAUGCCGCUCGACAAGCGUGCUCUGGAGACUCAGUGGGUGACUGACAUCGUCACCGUCACCGUCACUGUCGACCCAUCCGCGCCCUCUUCGGCCGGUGGAGUCUUCAUCCAGGCCGUUUCUUCGCAGCCGGCUGCUACUCCCAGCCCCCAGGUCCAGGCUCCGGCUCCCAAGCCCGUCUACGUCGCUCCUCCUCCCGCCGUCUCUUCCCCCAAGCCGGCCCCUCCUCCGCCAUCACCGGCUCCGGCUGCUCCUCAGACCUCAACCGUCAUCGUGGUUGAGGCUCCCAAGUCUUCUCCUGCACCGGCACCUUCACCCGAGGUUGCGGUCAAGUCUUCUCCCAAGCCUUCGCCCAAGCCUUCGCCGUCUCCUGUUGCCGCUUCUCCCAAGCCCGCUGCUUCUUCUCCCGCUGCCAGCAGCUCCAGCUCCAGCUCGAGCUCUGGUUCCAACGACUACCAGUCUGCCAUGCUCAACGAGCACAACAUUCACCGUGCCAACCACUCCGCGCCCGCUCUCGAGUGGGAUGAUCAGCUGGCUGGAUUCGCCCACAUCACUGCCUCCGGCUGCGUUUUCGCUCACGACAUGACUGAGGGUGGCGGCUCUGUUUCCUACGGCCAGAACCUUGCCAGCUUUGGCUCUUCUGGUGACAUCAGCGGCGACCAGAUCCUGUCCGGUCGUCGUGGUGUCACUGACCAGUGGUACAAUGACGAGAUGGAGAACUGGACCUUCUACGGCCAGUCUAACCCUCCCUCUGGCCUUGACUUGGACGCCUUUGGCCACUUCACCCAGGUUGUCUGGAAGGGCUCCACCAAGGUUGGAUGUGCUACCGUUCAGUGCCCAUCUGGCUCUGUCCUCUCACUGCCCUCUUGGUACACCGUCUGCAACUACGGUCCCCCAGGAAACUUUGGUGGCGAGUACGGUGACAACGUUCUGAAGCCUCUUGGCCAGGCCCCGGUCACUGUUUAA